CUGUCUAUACACUAUGAGUGGACUCUCUCGCGAGGCUUGCUAUCCCUGGUGUGUUUCCGCCUUAUCUCCGCUCCCGCUUCCGGUGUGUUUAGGAAUAAUGGAGACGCUGGCAGUUUAAGACGAAGGGAGACAGAGGCGAACCCGAAAAAAAUACAAACAAGUUCUCACGUUUUAAUACAAAUAACGGCGACAGAUUGAAACAGAGGCAGGACUCCCCCUACGACGAUGGAGAACUCGGACAGCGCAGAUCAAGGAGGCAGCGAGCAGUCUGAAGCACAGCGACAGAGACAGCUGGAUCGGCUGGAUCGAGAGGAGGCUUUCUACCACUUCGUGAAUAACCUGAGCGAGGAAGACUACCGGCUCAUGAGAGACAACAACUUGCUCGGCACUCCUGGUGAAAUUACUGAAGAAGAGUUACUGGGUCGCCUGCAGCAAAUUAAGGAUAGACCAGAGCAACAGAACAGCGGUGAAAGCAGAAAUGAAGAAAAUAGGGAAGAUGGUCCUGAAGCCCCAGAAGAUGGUUCGAACGGAGACUCCAUUCUAGACUGGUUGAACUCUGUGAGACAAACUGGAAACACAACGAGAAGUGGCCACAGAGGGAACCAGUCGUGGAGGGCAGUGAGCCAAACGAACCCAAACAGUGGAGACUUUAGAUUCAGCUUGGAAAUCAACAUCAACCGGAACUUAGCAGAGCAACAGGCCAGAGCCGAGGGGGAACAGCUGGCGAGGGAAGAUGGUGAACAGCCUGAGACGAUGGAGGGGGAGCUGCCCAUGGACACCACUCCUGAGCCAGAGGCGCCUGCUACCGUCAGGCAGCCGGAGCCUGAAUCGGUGCUGGAGCCCGAACCGCAGCCGGAGCCUGAAUCGCAGCCGGAGCCUGAAUCGGUGCCGGAGCCUGAAUCGGUGCCGGAGCCUGAAUCUGUGCCGGAGCCUGAAUCUGUGCCGGAGCCUGAAUCGGUGCCGGAGCCUGUAUUGGUGCCGGAGCCUGUAUUGGUGCCGGAGCCUGUAUUGGUGCCGGAGCCUGUAUUGGUGCCGGAGCCUGUAUUGGUGCCGGAGCCUGUAUUGGUGCCGGAGCCUGUAUUGGUGCCGGUGCCGGAGCCUGAAAUGGAGCUCGAGCCUCCCAGGCCCGAGACUCCUCCAGCAGUUUUACCUCCACAGCCCCAGAGUCCCGAAGUUGAGGAGCCCACUCGGAGGGGACAGCGAAGGGCCAGGAGUCGAAGCCCGGAAUUGAGGAGAACUAGAGCUCGAAACGAGAGGAGCCGCUCGCCAUUGAACCUCGGAGGGGAGGUUCUGCGCCGGGCUCGCCGCAGCACACCAUUGCAAACGCCACCUUCUCCAGUUGAACCUCAGAUUGAAGGAAGCUCCAGAACCAGACAGCAUGUGUUAUCAAGGCAGAGCACUGUGGAAUACGAUGUUCAGAUGGAGAAUGCAGCUGCAGGAGCAGACACAGACUCUGCUCCUGUUCCUGUUCCUGUUCCUGCUUCUGCUCCAGCAGAAUCUGUAGAAGCCUCUCGAGAACCGGAGAACCCCUCGGAGACAGCUUCUAGCAGCGAGGCCAGUGCGGCCGGGAGGAGACCCCCCACCAUCAUGCUGGACCUUCAGGUGCGGAGAGUCCGUCCUGGAGAGUACCGGCAGAGGGACAGUAUAGCCAGCCGCACCAGGUCCCGCUCGCAGACCCCCAACAACACCUACACUUACGAGAGCGAGCGAGGGGGAUUCCGGCGCACUUUCUCCCAUUCCGAGAGGGCAGGCGUGCGGACUUAUGUCAGUACCAUCCGGAUUCCGAUCCGCAGAAUAUCGGAUGCAGGGCUUAGUGAGGCAACAUCCAUGGCCCUGCAGACUAUGAUCAGGCAGAUAAUGACUGGCUUUGGGGAGCUGAGCUAUUUCAUGGAUAGCGACAGCGACUCAGACUCCAACAGAGGUCAAAACCCUGUGUCGGAGCCCCCGGAGUCACAAACCCCCAGCAACAGCAGCAACAGCUCAGUCCCAGAGACCCCAGAGCCACAAACCACGGAAGAACACAGGGACACCGCCACUGAAAUCAGCUCACCUACCGUGGCCGGAAGGGAGAGCCGUGGAGCCCGGGGUCCCAUCAGUUUAGAGGAACCCGGGUCAUUGCCAUUCCUCCGAUUGGCACACUUUUUCCUUUUGAAUGAUGACGACGAUGACCAACCCAGGGGUCUCACCAAAGAACAAAUUGACAACCUCUCCACCAGGAAUUAUGGGGAGAAUGAUGCGUUAAAGACUUGCAGCGUGUGCAUAAUGGAAUACAUAGAAGGAAACAAGCUGCGCAAGCUUCCCUGCUCCCAUGAGUAUCAUGUCCACUGCAUUGACCGCUGGCUGUCAGAAAACUCAACGUGUCCCAUCUGCCGCAGGGCAGUCUUGGUCGCAAGCAACCGAGAGAGUGUGGUCUAAUAAAAGGCAACAUAUUAGAUUAUUUUUCUUAUUUUCUGUUUGUGCAAUAGUUAGCUGUAGUGAAAAAUAAAAAACAAAAGAAGAAAAACCUGUAAAUUUGUUCUUAAACGGUAGUGGCAGGAGUUUCCAUCUGCAUAAACAAAUGUAUUCCCUUUAAUUCUUAAUAGAAAAAAAAUAAACAUGUAAAGCUUUUUCUAGAGGUUCUGUAAGUUUUCAAUGCACUGUUAUUAUUAUUAUUGUUAUUAUACUAUGGAUUGAAACAUUUACCGUGCUUGGAAAUAUGUGAGGGUGGGGAGGUGGGGCGUUGGCGAAGGUAACUUAUCUGCCCUAGCCCUUUCACUUUCACCCUAAUUAAUAGAUUGCAGUGGCCUAACUUAUUUGCCUUUACACAUAUAAAGAUAUAACCUAGCUUUUUUUUUUUUUUUUGAACUUGCAUUCCUGGUAUUGGGAGCACAAGAAGGUUAUUUGUCAGGAGUAACUAGCUUCUUCGUAUAAUGGAAUAUGUGGUUUAUUCCAUGUUCUAUGAAUAUAGGAUCAGCUGUUCUGGUGAUUUUAUUGCACACUGUGAACAGGUGUGCUGUAGCCAUUCUAACAGGUUGUUUCAUCUGGCAAGCGAAUGCCUCAAACUACCCUUUAUAUGCUUCAUAUCAUUUAGUUAAAGUAAAUUGGUCAGAAUGCACCUAUAAGGCUUGAAACUCAGGGUAGCCCUGCGUCCAGUACUUGGUUUCAGAACUACCUUUAAUAAACAUUAUGUAAAUUAUUAGGAGUUUGAAGUUAAUAAAUUGUUCCUCCCUUAUAGCUGCAUGAACAAACCUUAUUAGUAAACCUGCAGUUUACCAUGCAGUGACGGAUGUGAUCAAUUCAGAGCAGAUUUACCAAGGGCCUGAUUGUGCAAUCUCCUGGAACCUGCUCAUUUCAUAAUAUACCUAAAGAAGUCAUGUUUUAAAACCCAGGACUGGGUGCAGUGCUAGUGUGAGGUUCAAGCCCUUCACCUAGAUGCUCUGAUUUUUAAAGAGCUGUGUAAUACUUUUUCCCCAGUCACACCAUAUUUUUAAACAUUUGUCAGCGUUUGUGCUGAGAAGUGAAUGCAUUUCACUGAGUUGUAAAAUGCAUUUGUAUAUGUUGCAAAUAACCAGACUGUUUUACCCUUUGGAAAUGUGGUUUCUUUGCAUGGUAAAUAGUAUGUUAUUCAGAUAAUUUGUCCUGUUUUAUAUAUUAAAAAGUAAAACAAAAAAUCGUAUUUAACAUGUUUUGUACAAGUAGUAGUGACAGAUUUGGGGAAUCUUAAUAUGAAGUAGUUUGUAUUAAAAUCCAGAAGUCUAUAAUAUGUAGUAACAAUUGGUAAAAGUGUUUGAUUGAACUACAUUUAAAUCAGAAAUAUAUUUGGCUAUCCCCAUUCAUAUUUACAUUCAAAUUACCUUUGCCUUGCCCCAUUAGUAAUUUUAAGGACAUUUAGGUUAUUGCUAAUUUUUAUUUUUUUAUUUUACUUUUUUGCAUUCAUCACAAUACUGUGUGUCAUAUUUGGGGCUCUGUUUGCAGGUACAAUUAAAAAAAAUAAAUAAAAAAAUUGUAUUAACUUAGCUGCCCUAAGUCCUAAAACAAAUUAAAUAAUUUGGCACUAUUGAAACGGCUUGGGAGUGAAUUCCUCAUAUCUGUAUAAUCAUCACAAGUCAAAACUUUUUGGCUAUCAUUCUUUUAUCUUACUCAUUUCUAACUUCUAUUACUACAGUGUUUCAUUCCACUACCAGAGUGUCAGUUAUAUUUUCAAUCAAUCUUCUGAUUAAUGACCUAGUACAAGCAGGAUUGAGUGCAAAGAUUGAUUGCAUUUGGCAAAAUUUAGGAGUACAUACUCUAGAUAGCAAUUAUUUUACCUUUUCUGUUUAUUACACAUACAUUGUUUAACCAUUCAGUAAGAGUUCCAGUUUUGACAGCACUUUUUUUGAAAACCGUCUUUACCCCAUAAUUUGCUAUCCUGUUUUAAUGUGAUUUCAGUGGUACUGCUAUAUGUAACAUCUUUAAGAACGUUUUGCCUUAAGUGAAUCAUCAUCCAAAUUUAUUUAUUUGUUCCAUCUAAUAUUCGUGCUUGGAGGUCUAAAAAUGAUACACAAUUGUCUUAUGCUCCAACAAUAACUGUGUUGGUUGCUGGAGAUAGUAAUAGAAUGCUGUUUUCACAGUCUGGUGGUAUAACCAAAAUAUGGGUUGUUCAGGUUUUUGAUUUUAUAUAUCGAACCUGAAUAAGAGAAUACAUAUUUCUAUUGCAUUUUGAAGGGUACAAGAGGGCACCAGGGGUUGUAUUUCUUCUGAACUUGUCGCCACAACUGCAAUGGCAAAAUAACCUUACGUUUAAAUAUCCACCAAAUGCAGUUUUAUUUUAAACUGAAAAAUAUAACCAAGCGCACAAAAGGAAUUAGUUUACUAUGAAGACACAAUAUUCUUUAAAGGAGUUAAAGCAAAUAAUUUAUUAAAUGCUGUGUUAUUUGCUAUGUGGAUUUCAAAUUCUUGGUUAUAUAAGAAUCACACGUCUAUCAGCAAUGUUUUAUAGUAACUAUAAAUUAUUUAAAAAUAAAUGAUUUUACAACCAAGAAUUUGAAUGGAGCCAUAUCACUGAAUUUAAGGUUAAAAACAAUAGCCUUUUAGUCCUUUUUAACUUUCAAGUUUGUGAAAAGAUAUACUUUGAAAGUGAAAGUUAAUUCAAAUAGUUCCAGUUGAACUGCUUAUUUUAUUAAACUUGGUAGUUUGAUCAUGAAUUGAUCAUUUAUGUUUAUAGCUGUGCAUCAUUAUUGGUGCAUGUAGAAAUUUUACACUAAGUAGGACUUGCGUCUGUUGGUUAAAUCUGCUUAGAAAAGCUAGCAUAAUAGAGCUGACUGAUGCAAAUGUAGAAUGAAACAGUGUUAAUGUUUUUUAAAACCCCUUAGAAUAUUGUCUCCCAUUAGGAGACUUAUUGGUAGCUUUUCCCUUUUUUUAAGGGAAAUUGGCACUUUAUUUGGAACAUUCUCUCCUAAGGCAAAGUGUGUGUUUUAAAGAUAUGCUGCAAAAAGUAAUAUGAAAAGUUCAGAUCUUGGUCUUAUUUUAGCAGUUUACACCGAAUAUACCAAGCAGUGGUUUAAGCUCUGUAGUUUAUGUUUGAAAUAUUACUGAUCUCCAGUAAUGCAGAUUGACCAGCUGGUGGUGCUGCUGCUGUCAGAUAAAGAUGCUUCCAUACAGUAACACCAUCCAUGGUAUUGUAACAUUGGAGGUCUUGCCAGUUUACAUAAUAUAAUAUUACAAUUGUGCAAUACAAUGCUUGUGAGGUGUCAGGUGAUGUAUUUGAUCACUUGCUUGUAACUGCUAUUAAAGAUGAUAUCUGAAAUGUAUGGAUUUCAUUAGUUCAAGUGAAAUCCAACCCACUUUCAUUGUUGAUAACACCUAGAAUGUAAGAGGCUUUAAAAAGUCUUGAGGAUGAGGUUGUUUCUUUCAUUGAAUAAAUCUCUCCAGAAUGAAUGUGCUGCUGCUUCUCUGCUCUGUACAGGAUUUGAUUAAAAUGUGUUCAUUUUUCAAUUUUUUUUUUCUAACUAGAAAAUGUGGUACAUCAUAAUUCUGCUUAAUUGUUCAUUCUGGGAAGUUGUGUUUGAUUUUAUAUAUACUAUGUACAGUAGAUAUAAAAAUCACUUUGCAAGCUGGCGAGUGUGGUUAUUUGUAAAUAAUAAACAUGCAUGAAAAGCAGAUCUGUGCAACAAAA